UUCUUCGUAAUUUUCUACCUUGUUGUACGUCUCCUCCGCUUUUAUCAUCGUCUGUCGUUUUCUUUUCAUCGAUGAAAUUUGCUGAGAAGAAUCAUGGCUCUUAGAAAAACGUGCGACUUCAAGAUUCCUUUGUAACCCAGACGUAUUAUAUCUCGUUACUCUCACUGUGUCCACUGCAUAGUUCUGUUAUCGCUGCUGGUUUCAUAUUUUGAUCAUUUUUCCUUUUGAGUCUAUGUUCUGGGUAUAUGCAUCUGACGUUAACAGCUCGAGUUUUGGUAUUCAUGGAGCACAAAGCUGAACGCCUUUUACCUUCUCUCUCCUCUGAGCUGUGAAGCUUUUUGUUUACCAGUUUAUGUGACUGAAAAGUGCAGCCUUUAAAAGGGCUUUCGUGCUGCAAGAUUCCUUUUGAUCAUAAUCAUAGGUUUGUACUAAUUAUUUCAAUCCAACAGUCCUGUGCAUUUGCUUUAUGUUACCUCCUGAUCUGUGCUACAUUCCACUUUUCCAUCGGAAUUGCCUGGCGUUGCUCAGCCCCCAGCGUUUCAUUUCGUUGGGCGUGUCAGUUCUUUAUUUUGGUUUUUAAACAACAGGGACAUGAACUGUGCUCUCCAUGCACAAUAUGGCCUACUAAUGCCUGCAAAAGUCCAGCCUUAGGCAUGUGUGUGCUGAAGUUUUCCUGAAAGGACAGCAUCUUGCUACAGUAAUCUCAUCUGACCUCUUGUCCCAGAGGUUCAAAUUUAUGGCUUUAAAAGUUUCGAAUUGAAGCUUCAAAUGCUCAGACCUAAGAGCAUUCCAAUACUCUUCACACUUCGAUUAUCUAUAUUGUCGGUACCAGCCUAUUGUAAUGCUCUUGUGAUGUAGUUAGAUUGAUAGUGACCCACCAGUUGUCGGUACCAGCCUACUGUAAUGUUCUUGUGAUGUAGUUAGAUUGAUAGGCUUUAUGGAUCUCAGGACUCUGUAUCAAUGUUACCAUGCUCGGAGGCAGUGUUUAUGAUCAUAAGAAGGCAAUGAUCAAUUUGUUCGACCUCAGUGCAGGGAUGGCCAGCGCGAACAUGCUCACUGGAGCUCGUAGAGAUGGCUCUCCGGCUCAUAGAAGCAGGCAAGAUGUCAAGAGAACUGUUGAUCCUGCUAAAGUUUAUGUAGAGGAUAAACUAGGAGCUAGUAACAGGAGCUCAUCAAGCAAUAAAUCAAAUGCAUCUCCAAUGAAUAUGGUAUUAGCAAAGCAGGUGUCCAAGGAAUUGGAGUUGAAGAAGAAGCCACCAAGUGUUGUUGCCAGAUUAAUGGGACUUGAAGAUGAUCUACCAGGUCAAGAACCAGCAAUACAUUCUGCUAAAAGAAAUUUGAAGAAAGGCCGCAUAAACGACAACUUGGCAGAAACAAACAGGCUUCUGCAACAUCGAGAGCAGUACUAUUCCAGCAUGACAACACGGGACAUACACCUAGGCCCCAAAGAAACGGUUGAAUUUAAGGAUGUCUACGAAGUCAGUGAAGAACCAUUAAGAACAUACCAUCUUCAGGACCAAACUUCUCCUAGGGGAAUGUCUUCUAGGAGCAAGAGGGACAUAAGGGUGGAAAUUGUUCGUCAGAAGUUCAUGGAAGCAAAGCGCCUUGCCGCAGAUGAGAAGCUCCUCCAUUCGAAGGAGUUUCAAGAAGCACUUGAGGUUCUAAGUUCAAAUAGAGAUUUGUUUCUUAAGUUUCUUGAAGAACCAAACUCUUUUUUCUCAAAGCAGCUGGCUGGACUUCACAGAAUGCCAGCACCACCUCAGACAAAGCGUAUUACUGUGUUGAAACCAAAUAAAUCUGUUGAGAAUGAGGGCAGAAGGGAAAUCAGAACACACCAAGUAAAUGAAGAAAAAGAACAUGUGAUGCCAAGGACUCACCAGAGAUCUCGUUCAGCAGAAGUUACCUUCUCGCAGCCAACUAGGAUAGUGGUUCUGAAGCCUAGCCCUGGCAAGCCUAGUAGAACAAUGGCCAGGCUGACACCCCGAGAAGCACCAUGUCAACUGACUGAGCAGACAGGUUUUUAUGGGGGUUUAGAAGAUCACGAAUACCUGCCAGAUGGUCUUCAUCGACGGGAUGAGUCAUUUUUGUCUUCUGUAUACUCAAAUGGGUAUGGUGGAGAUGAAAGCUCUUUCGGUAGAUCAGAAGCUGACUACAUCGAUGAAGAAGGUGGUAGCCUAAGUGGCUUGGAGAUAGUUAGUCCAGUAUCGAGGCAUUCAUGGGAUCACAUCAGAAGAUAUAACAGUCCUUACUCAGGCUUAACUUUUAGCAGAACAUCACAUUCACCUGAGUCAUCUGUAAUCAGGGAGGCCAAAAAACGGCUUUCAGAGAGAUGGGCAUCGGUGGCAUAUAAUGAGAGCAACCAAGAACAAAUGCAAUUGCCGAGAAGCUCUAGCACUUUGGGUGAGAUGCUCUCCCUUCGAGAAACCAAGAAAGAAGUUGGUGGGACAAAUUCUGUUUCAAGUAGUCGGCCAUGUGACACAGAAAAUGAGUUGACCCUGCAAGCUACGUGUAUAUCUACUUUUAUAGAGGAUGAAGGAAAUGGACAGAACUCCCCAAAGAAUUUAGCAAGAUCAAAAUCUGUCCCAGUGUCAUCUUCAAUGUUCGAUAACAUAGCACCAAAUGCCCCAUCAUCUAAUUCUGAAGGCUGCAAAACACCGAAGGUGGUUACAAGGUCAGAUGGAAAAUCAUCAUUCAAAGGGAGAGUUUCGAGUUUUUUCUUCCCAAAAAGUAAAAAGCAGUCAAAAGAGAAAAUCACCCUAUCAUCUGAUGAGAAGGUUGAAGUGGCUUGUCUUGGAAACACGAAACCAGAGGCUAAUGAUAAUAAUGGUGCUGAUGAAAAUGUGUCAUUUUGUGAUGCCAAAGAUGAUAACUCUGCUACUCAAGCAAUCUGUUCUUCGAAAGAUGUUUCCAUUGAAGUACCUAUUUUUUCUGACUGUCCGAGUGGACAACUUGAUGGAUUAAGAUCAGGUGGAGGCCUAAAAGGUAUCCGUGAUGAGCCUAGUCCUACUUCAGUUCUUGAUGCAUCAUUUGAAGAUAACAACAUUAAUGAACCUGAAUCGUCAAGAAGAAUUAGUAGCAGCAAUGAGAGAGUUGCCCUACGAUCAAAUGCAAUUGAAUCUGUCUCCCGCUCAUUAUCAUUGGAGGAUAUGAACUCACCUUCACCUUUACUUGGUUCAACAAAGUUAACCCCUCUCUCCAAUGUAGAUGAUGAUGAAUUAGAUUGUGUCGCCUUUGUACAAAAGGUAGUAUCAUCUGCUGGGUUAGGCGAUCUGCAGUUUGGCAUGGUCUUCACAGAUUGGUAUUUGCCUGAUUGCCCGCUGGAUCCUGCAUUGUGCGACAAGUUAUUGGACCGCAAGGAGGAGGCUGCUAAGUCGAGGGAGCGAAGGUCGAACCAAAAGCUUCUUUUUGAUUGUGUGAAUAUGGCCUUAAUUGAUAUUGGCCAGGAUGUCUUGCUAUGCACCUAUCCGUGGAGCCAAGCGCACUCUACGGCAUGGAGGGAGACCCUGUCUCAAGCUUUGGUGGAAGAAGUACCAUGUCACAUGAGGGAUUGGCUUUAUGGAUCAGGGAAGUUUGCGCUGAACGAGAACGACGACGCUGGAACAAUGCUGGAAAGGAUUGUGCAGCAGGAGGUGGAAGGAAGAGGUUGGGUGAAGUCAAUGAGAUGGGAAGUGGAUGUGAUCACAAAGCAGAUUGCAUGGGAGGUGUCGGAGGAACUAGUAAAAGAAGCUGUGGAUGAUCUCGCAAUUUGUUCUCCGCAGCAAGAGACGCCAAUGCCAAUAACAAAUCUUUAGGAAGCAAUUGCUUUGUGUAUGAAAUCUGUUCUUAAAAUUGUUGUGCUGAAAGAACUCUUAAGCCUCUUCAUAUCAUGUAUGUAAGUCCACAUAGUUGCUUCUGCAUAUGCCUGUAGUCCACUACAGAUUGUAGAAUUCCAAUUGGUCAAAUAUUCUC